AUGGCAAUCGAACCCGCAAGCAAUGCAUCAGCCGAGGCGUCCGACCUUGCCCAGUUGUGGCAAGGCGCCGUGGAGGACUAUGAGAAGAGAACUGGGAAGAAUCUGAGACUGGGCCAAUUCAGGAGUAUGGACGAUGUGAUGACAGGAACGGAAGGCCUUGCAACCAGAUUCAAAGACUUUCGCGAUGAUAAAUCGAAGAUGGCAAAAGUCCGCACCGCGCUGAAGAACAACAUGUGGAUCAUCCAGAAAGUCGUCAACACGAUCCAGACGGUCGGAACUGCGGUUUCGGCAUUUCCUCCUGCCAUGCCGGCCAGUUUGAUCUUUACGGCCUUUGGCCAAGUCAUGCAGUCCUUCGCCGAUACAUCUGCAGACUAUGACAAGAUUAUGGGCUUCUUCGAGUUCACACAUCGCUUCUUCGAUCGACUAUCGAUCAUCGAGGAAAGAACACCGGCUCUACCUCCAUUCCAACGAUGCGUCACACGCGUCUUCUCCAGCAUCCUCAAGAUCUGCGCCGUCGCGCAGAAGUAUGCCGCGGAGAAAAGAUUCAAGAAAUGGUUCGAGAAUCUGGUAAAGGGAGCCGAUGGAGAUCUUACCGCAGCAAACAGCGAGAUGGAAGAAGCCAUCAAUGAGCUAAGUCAAGCCGUGGGUCUAGCGACCCUGAGAACAGUCGAGAUCAUCGACGAGGUUGUCAAGAGCAUGAACGGACAGGUAGAAUUCCUCGUCGCGAACGCCACCCUCCUCGAUGAGCGAACCGAAGCGAUCCAGUCGAACACCAAUACCAUCAUGGAACAGAAUCAGGAUCUCGGGUCCAAGCAGGAUGCAAUGACGCAGUUGCAGAAAGAAACAUUGGAGAUGGUGAGCGAGCAAUCCCGGCUGUUCAGCAACGUGGUUGGCUACUUCGGGUCGGUUCAGAUGGGCGAGAAUUUUGGAGACAGCUUCAAGACCAGCGUGUUGAAGCUCGGGGUGGUGAGGCUGCGGUUGGCGCGCUGGGGGCAGUCGGUCGGCCUAGCCAACAUCAAGGACGUGCACUCCCUGGAAGAGUCGAAGCUCUCACCUGAUGAUAUACCCCGUGUAUCUGAGCUCCUAGAAGGCAUUCUCGAUCAGUUUGCUGAUGCCGAGAGAAUCUCGAAGCGGUUCCAGUUGCGUCACCGCAAUGCGACCGCAGUCCUUGAUCCUAACAAGGACCUGGACAAGGUCGCUGCAUCGCUACAUCAAAAGAUGAAUGAUCUCUCUCUUCGACGACAGGGGAACCCGGAUGCAGAGCCCAAUAAAGAGCUGACAUUGUACGAAGAGAAGAAUUUCACGAGACUGAUCGAGGACAUUAACGAGUUGGUAAAUGACCUGGUCGAGUUGUUCCCAGGGAUCGAGGAUGCGCAACGGAAGCUUGCAGAGGAAGAGGUGUCGGAGAUGAAGAGCAUCAAGGGCGCGCUACCUAUCCUGAAAGAAGUGGCUGCCGAUCAAGACAAUCUGUUGACUGAGACCGUUGUAAAGGUGAUCCAACAAAGCUCGACGACGACAUACACCAACUCGGUGGUAUUCUCAGGAAACAACUCGGGAUUUCAGGUGGGAAACAACGCGGGGAGAAUCAGCAACGUGCGCUGGAACUGA